GAUCACACCAGAGUAAAGAUAAAAAACAAAGAUUUCCACUGGUUUUUGACAUUAGCUGCUGAAUUACGUGUGAAGGGGAUAAAUCUAUCCACAGAAAGACCACAAAAACCAAUUAACAAAGUGAAAAGUUCUGAAUUUCUGCCAACUGCUGAAGAUAACUAUGAGCUGCAAGAAUGUUUUGCAGAUCAUGUCCAAAAAGUUCUGGUUCAAAACUUUAAAUGCCUUGAAAAAUUUUCAACUGUUGUUCCUGAGAUGAUUGAACACCCACAUAUUGACAACUACAAGCAGAGAUCUGAAUAUUUCUUAAUUGACCUGUAUGAUAAGAAUGAAAGUAAAAAUGAAGAUAUGAUAGAUAUUCUUUCAGAUCUGCACAAAAGAUGUAUUCCAUCUAUUGAAUGUGCUGAUGAAAAAAAUGUUAUUGAGAGGAAAGUGUUUGGGGGUGAUGUCCUUACAAAUGAAAGAGCGUAUCAGGCACAGCUGGACAUGAUAAAUGGAGAAAGUGAAAGUGAUAAACUUUUAGGGUUUAUACAUAGACCUGAAGGAUUACACCGACUUAUGAAUUUACUAAAAUACAUAUUUGAUUGUUUCUAUUUAACAUCAAGUGUAAAUGAGCAGGGGACAUUGUAUCAACUGAAAUGUCUUUUAGAUAGAAGGGAUGUGAAAUUAGACAUCAUAUUCAUAUAGACAGUGCAAAAAUUUCAUAGAUGAUAUUUAGUUGGUCACAUCAUUGCAGCAACAUGUCACUAUUUUGGAAUGAAAGAUUCAAAUUCUUUUCCAACAACAAAAUACCACCAUUUAUUGAACAGACAUCUACAGAAAAACAGCUAGAGUGGAUAAAUGGUGUGGCAAAAAAUAUAUUAGA